GUUUAAAUCGAGCAGAGACGGCUCAAUUGGGAUCUGAUCCAACCCAACCUAUUUAUGCAUUAAACCCUCGAAGACCUCAAAAAUUAAAAAACCUAAUCUAAAGCAACUCCUAGGGAAGAUCCCAACAACGUUUAAAACCAGAACCAAAAUAAGCUACUAGUGCUAGCCUGUCUUCUUCUUCUUCCCUUGCUGUCUCUGAUCUUCGAUUCUAUCACUUUAAAUCUCCCCAUUUCUCAUUUGAUCCGAAACCCUCAUAAAAAACACAAUUUUUUUUUUUUUUUGUGAAAAAAAUUGAACUCUCUGUCUCCCGAAAACGAUGCAACAGCUCUUGUUCACUGUGAUAUUUUCCGAGAUGGCAUUGAUAUUGGUGUUAUCAUUCAAAACCCCCUUGAGGAAGCUCGUGAUCAUGAUUCUUGAUCGUGCGAAGCGCGACCGUGGGCCUGUGGUGAUCAAAACGGUGGCGGGAACGGUCUGUGUGUUGUUGAUUUCGAGUGUAUAUAGCAUGGUGAAGAUCCAGAAGCGUUGGAUCGAUGAGGAGGGUUCGGUCAACCCAACGGACCAGGUCCUCAUGGUCAAGCAUCUUCUCGAAGCCACUCUAAUGGGAGCUUCUCUGUUCCUUGCCUUCAUGAUAGACAGACUACACCACUAUAUAAGAGAACUUCGCAUUCGAAGGAAAAGCAUGGAUGCUGUAAAGAAACAAAGUCAAGAUUUUGAGAAUGGGAAAGCUGCUGGUUCAGAGGAAAAAAAGGCAUUGCAGGAAGAGAUGACAGCUCUGAAGGCCAAAUUUGAGCGGCUGGAAUCUGAACUUGAGACAAAGACAGAGGAGGUAAAUGCUGCUGAAACCAAUGCAGUUGCUUUAAGGAAACAAUCUGAAGGUUUCCUUCUUGAAUACGAUCGUUUGCUCAAGGAAAACCAAAGCCUAAGAAGUCAGUUGCAAUCAUUGGACCUAGAAUUGUCGCAUUCAGGUAGCAAGAAGAAUACCUAAGGACACCCUUUGCCAAAUAUAUCCACUUUCCUUUUCCAUUGUUCAUGGUAUUUAACUUGGAGUUCCAUCAAAAUGCCAUUGGAUACUGUCAUGUAUGUGAUCUUGUAAGAAGAAAAAUUUUCAGGCAGAAGAAGAAAAAAAGGUGGGGUGGGUGGGGGGGUUGUGGGUGGUGGAGGAGGGAGUGGGAGAAUGAGAAUAAGUUUUUUGUGUGUUAAAUUUUAAGUAGAGCUUUAGUGCUGAAGUGGAAUGGCUAAAUCUUGUCCUGAUAAAUUGUAAUACAUUAUAAGGUUUUAAUAACAAAUAACUUUUACUGCUGA